GGACUCCUAGGCCAUGUAGAGUCAUCAAUCUUCACUCCCGAUAUCACACCUCUGAUAUUAGCAGCUCAUCGCGAUAACUACGCGAUCAUCAAGAUCCUCAUUGACCGAGGCAACAAGAUUACCAAGCCCCACGAAUUGCGAUGUGCCUGCAACGCCUGUGUGCAGGCCAGCAGGGAAGACAGUCUGCAGCACUCAAAACUGCGUAUUAACGCCUAUCGGGCUCUAUCGAGUCCCUGUUUCAUUGCUUUAUCCAGCACUGAUCCUAUUCUUACCGCCUUUGAACUCAGCUGGGAGACUAGGAGACUGGGUCGUCUGGAGAACGAGUUUAAGGAGGACUAUGAAAAGCUAUCCCAAAAUUGUGAGGCUUUUGCUACCGCCUUGCUGGCGCAAACACGAGGCUCCACGGAGUUGGCUAUUGUUCUCAAUCAUGAUUCUGGCAGUAGCAAAAACGAGGACACUAUGCUCUACGGUGUUCGCAGUGACUCCACCGGACAGACAAUGCAACUCUCGCGUCUCCGACUAGCUAUAAAAUACAAGCAAAAGCAGACUUCUUACUCGAAUUGGGGUCAUUUUCUCAUCCCAGAGCUGACUUAUCACACAACCUUACCUGGAGCUAAUCAAAUCAUUAGAGAGGCAAAGAACGGAUCUUAUAUGGGCUUGAUUGAUAAACCUAUGCAGGCACCGUGGACAGCUCUCCUGCAAAACACGGAACUAGGGUGGUCUCUGAAGCAACUACUGGCUUCUCUGUGGUACGAUGGGUUGCCUGGCUUUCGUCGCAAACCCUUUGUCGUGCAGGCGGCCAUCAUUUUCCUCAUUGGUCUCCUCUACCCUGUGCUCUCCCUCUGCUGUCUCCUCGCACCGGACUCGCGUUGGGGCAACAUGCUACGAAAGCCCUUCAUCAAGUUCAUCUGUCAGAGCAGCGCCUACAUCUCAUUUUUGAGUAGGAUUUGCCAUUUCUCCUUCUCCUCCUCCUCCUCCUCCCUCUCCUCCUCUCAUUCUACUCUCUCCUAG